AUGAAACUAUUUGAUGGAGGGAAGCCAUUUACCCGCUCACAGGGGGAUACGGGCGAUUGGUCUCGUAAGGUUGGAGGAGUGUUGUCACCCCCACCAAGAUGGAGCGAUGGUCCAGAGGGAGGUGAUGUCCUCCCUCUGAUAGAAUUACCAAACCCAAGGGCGGGGACCGCUGGACAGCAACCGACUGUCACAGUAUUUAGAACAUGGACGCAGGAAGACAUUAAAAAAGCUGUAGACGGCGUCCCCCACCCUAAAGAGGAUGUUGAAGAAUGCGCUAAACAAAUGGAAAAUUUGAGAUUGGCAUACCACCUCAAUGGAGUCGAAGUCCAACAAGUUUGGAUGUGUCUCCUAGGUCCUGAUUGGUACCUCGUUAAAGGGGCCUACUCACCAACUGCAGCAGAUGGAACCACUGUGCUAGCUGCUGACUCAGCAGAUUUAAAAACCCCAGUAGAUGAACUCAUUAAGAGAAUAAAAGAAAAAUAUAAACGAAAAGCGAAUUAUACCGAAAUUGGGAGAUGCAAACAAAAGACUGGGGAAACAUUCGAUGAAUAUAGAGUCAGAAUGGAAAAAGUGUUCAAAGCACACAGCGGGUUAGACUAUGACGAUGAUGAAACCAAACCAUACAAACAACAACUGAAAAACGCAUUGCACUCUGGCUCUCUGCCAGAAAUACAAGGGUGGGUGAAUCGCCAUUACAUAAGUAUGAGUGGGGGAACAUUGACUGAGUACAUAAACCAUGCCCUACACGCCGAGAAGGUGAUAAAACAAAAAAAAGAAAAGAAAGAACAAGUCUUUUAUCAAGACCACGACGAAUCCGCUGCAUUCUAUCAAAAAGGCAGGGGUAGAGGUCGGGGAAGAGGGGGACGCAGCAGGGGUAGGGGUAGGAGUAUGGGGCCAUUUCCAUAUCCUUUCCCUAACUCCAAGGGUUGUUGGAGUUGUGGAAAGGAGGGCCACCAGGCUAGAGAUUGCACUGGAGGUGCCCCCCAGAAUAACGCAUGA